CGUCGUCUUUGUCGCCUUGAAUUGGGUCGUCUCCAUCGUCUGCGAGUUGAGACUAGAAGCUACGUUGUCUCAGAAUAGAGUCGUCUCACUACCCAAGUGUAUAUUUGUCACUUGCGGUUACUUGUUGAGUUGUCAGUGGACUUUAUUCAGAAUGAAUAUACAGAAAGACAAGACGGUGUCUCUGAGAGCUACAUCACAUAUGCAUUACAAAAGGGCAAUUGUCCAAAUACAUUGUCCCACUAACGUGCUGUCUGACAGUGUCCGUGGCAAGGUUUUAUUUGGUCUUCCUUACGCACCACUCCCAGCUGAAUUCCGUCAGUGUUAAUGGUAAAGACAAUAGUAGAGGUGCAGCCCUGCAAGUGCUUGCUCAUGCCACUGCUGGUGGGAGGGCCUCCACUAGAGGGAGCUCUCGAGAGGCCCCUCUAGAGGGUAUUGUGGCCUGCCCUGUCCACGACAGCCAGAUGUCAUAGAAGUUGGUAGGAGUGCCCACGUUUUACACCAUCACAGGAUUUGCAAAUCGUCUAUGGUGUACACAUUGCUACUGCUCGCUGGAUAGGGAUGGGUGGAUUUAAGACCCCACACAUACCCCAAGACAAGCAGAUCCUCGACAUGUCUUACGAGGAGUUCUACAAGUUUCUGACAUGGCCACAGCCUGCAGGUGGACUCUGCAAAAACAUACUUCACUUAAUCAAGACAGAAAUGAGAGCCCCCGGAAUAACGUUCCAGAGGCUGGCCCAAGCUGAGAAUGAAAUUAGUUCAAAUAGUUGCCUUCCAAAUGCAAAAACCGUUCUCCUACUUGAUCCUGCGGAGGUACCACAAGGGUUUUCCGAGACUAUCAAAGCCGAACUGAAACUUCUGGGUCUGGACAGACAGAGCAGCACCAUGAAGCUCAUCCGACACGUGUUCCAAAGCACAGGCGGCAGGGAGUAUGACCUUGAUGCCCUGCAGAAAUCCCUGCAGAUGAAGGACAAUGAUUUUGUACACAACGUAUACCUGAGGUGUGUGAGUGCACUGGAGAAGGCAGAUUCCUCAAGAAAUGACGACCGCACUUCUGGAGACCUUGGGCAGCAGUUGCACACAAUCUAUGAGGAAAUUGUGGGAUCUGGUAAAAAAGGUGAAAACAAUAGCACAUUGGAGUUCAUCCCAUUGCCUGUUCCCAAAAUAUUGGUCCAUGACUGGAAAGACCAGAACUUAGACUUUUUAUACAAAUACGUGCAGCAGAAAAAAAUUGGCAAAGCACUUGCCACCGAGCAGGGAUCUGGUGACGUCGAACCUUUUCGAGAUUCCGGAUUCUCCAGUGCUUCCAUAAGUUCUGGCUCUUGGCCCGAAGGGGAAUCCGCUUGUGAGACAUGGCCACGUGAUGACAGCCUGUCGGCUUUGCGGCACAGUGAAGCGCACUUGCCGAGUGACAAACGACCAGACAGUGGAUAUUCCGAAAAGGACGAAUUAGAACUGAGUAACAUAGAGGAAGAUGACCUUUUGGACACUGAUCCCAAUGUUAGCCAAGACGAUCUACCACAAACAGAUGAAUAUUAUUUACCCAGUGAGCUACCACUGCUGGAUGAAGAGGAACCCAGUGAAACAUUGUGCUGUCGCGGUUCAAUUGAGGAUGACCUAUCGGACAAUGAAGUGACAGAAGAGUGCUCUUUCCAGAAAACGCCCGAGGCAAUUAAACUUAAGAGAAAGACGGCGAUGCGCAGGAAGCUACAACUGAGAGGCGAAAAGGCUGCAGAGUGCCGCGCCUUGCGAAUUGUAGUUUUUGGCCGAGAUAAAACGCUGGGAAGGCUUGCCAGGGCCUACAACAGGAUGAGGAUACGCGAAUCAAGAUGUUCAUUGCUGAUGAAGCACUUCCGGCUGGAGUUUUACUACAUUCCCAUUCGAGACCAACCGCCCUCCACAGCCAACCCACUAUGUGGACAGGCUCUCAAUCAGCAGCAGGAUCAAGACGACUGCGUGAUAUCUCAGACUCUGGGAGCGAUCGACACCUGGUACGAGCGUAACGUUGGUAACGCCUUCAGCAUCAUGACCCUUCUUCCGAGCCAGAUCACACAAGAGACGAAUGUAAUUGCACAUUAUCCAUUCUGGGCCAACACAGUGCUGUAUUACAGCCGGUUUGCCAAGCACUCAGUCCUGCUUCAAGCUUAUCAAAUGGAGUUGUGCCUAAUGAAUGGAAAGAAGGUGAAGGAGAUUUUUGUCCAGGAGAUGCUCGUGUCCCCUCAGUCUUCAAGACAAACACUGAUGGCCGGUCAAUGCAGAAGAGCUUCAGACUAUGACAAAGAACCAUCUGUCUCUCUCUCGUUGGCGUACGACAAGGUUAGCGUAAGCAAACGUGUGCAGACGGUGACCGUUGAGAAGAAUUUCACAUCUGUGAAGAUUUCACGACUCUCACCACUGGUGAAAGCAGAGGCCAACUUGGAUACUCUAUACCUCAUCACGAUGGAACCUGCUGGGAAACAGACAAGGAUGUUGCCAUUUGUCACCCAGGUGAACCAACAGACAACUCCACAGAUAAGGAACCCUCCCAUACGGGUCAAUGCUGUAUCAUUGAAGAGCAAAGCAUACUCCACUUUAACUGUCAUGUUGGAUAAUGAUGAGAGUAAAGUGUUUCAGGAUGUAAUCAGCUGUGCAGUGUCUGCUUGUUUGAAUCCUGAGCACAGCCUGCUGAAGCGACAAGGCAAGACCUCAAAAGUCAACCCAGUCGAUUGUCACCCAUUUUUAUCUCUCCCCAUCAGCCUCUUUUCUGUACGGACUUUAUAGUCACAUUUUUAAAAACGUGACUUUUUAACGUCCUGGGGAAAACUUGACAGAGUUCCCCAGGACAGAUGACUCAACAAGGGGGUUGAUCCUGGGAAAAACCGGGACAGGUGGCGACCCUAAUGUUCGGUUAUCAGUGCAGUCUUAUAUCUCAUCAUUGUCAAGAGUGGAUCCACUCUGAAACGUCGACACCAUACCAGUGUACUCUGGUUUCCUUUGACAACUUGACACUGCGUGCGUGAAUACAGUAUACAAUCAUUUUAAAAUGGUUAAACAAUAUAUAUUCUUGAUGAAGCUGCGGUAUAUAACAUUCUCAAAAAAACAUGAAAAAUAACUGAUGCAGUGCAGUGUUUUCCAUAUAAAGUACCGUAACAAUAGAGUAUAAUACACUGUACAAUGCUAUACUCAAUGCCUGUAUAUAUGCUAAUGUGUUAGAUCGUAAUCUUUUUGCAAGUGCCUAGAAUUGAAUGUAAUAUCCUAUUUAAAUUGGGGAAAAAAACUAAGCAUACUGUGGAGGAAGCACUAGUUUCAGAUGCCUUGUUUUAAUGCGCUUGGUAUGCAAGUGCAGCUAUAGGUAUGAGGGAUAUUUUUUUUAUUAUCAGAACCUUUAUUUCGACUGGAAGAAUGUGAUGAGUUAUGAAGAUCUUUUUCAGACGUCCACAUUGUGUGGUCCCCCAAGUUCCUCCUCGACUCUUCUGUUGUUUGAUGCCACCUUGUGUUCAUGGAGAACCACGUGCAGAAUGUUGCUGUUAAUUGUUCUCACGAGGCUCAAGUUUAUCCCGUGAAAUUCUGUACCUGGUUGAAUUUGGGCAUGAUGUGUGUGAGAAGGUGCAUUUAAACAAAAACAAGGUUCCCUCUCUGUAAAAAUCCAAAAUGUGAAAUUGGUGUAAAAAGUACAAUGUAGGUAUAUAAUUAAUUAACUCACAGUAUUUAAAUUAUUUAUAUGGUUUAGCAGAUUGUUUUUAUGCUGUAUUUAUGACCAUGUUACAUCGGGCCUGUGGCGUUAUCUUCCUUGAUUGGUGGAUUGAUGAAAACUGGUGGUCCUGUUCAUUGUUAUUUUUUGUGUCUUCCAUUGAUAAAACUGGUGGCCCUGUUCAUUGUUAAAUUGUGUUUCACAUUUUAUGUGCUUUGGACCUUGUUGCGUGGCAGACACUUCAUGAAAUAAUUAUGAGAUGAACUCUACAGUGUACAUAUAUAAGGGUGUGUGUGUGUAAAUGAUAUUUCAUCAUUGGGCAAAAUAUACACAGGUAUAUAAUUCGGCACGUAAAACAUAAUUUUAUGUAAAUCUACUUGAUGUAUAUAUUAUGUAUAUUUGCUGAAAUAGCAAUUACCUGUUUCUAGUGUGUCCUUGAAAUCAAGUGGGGAGACAGUGUCCCAUAUAUUACAUGGUUGUGUAGGGGGGGGGGUGGAAAUCCUACAUGCCAAGCAAUAAUGACAUUUAGCUGCAUCUCUGCGCUGCAUAGACACGUCACCUGCUUGGCAGUCCCAGUUGAGCACUUUACUGUUUUGUGACAUGUCGCAUCGGAUUGUGCAUUACAAAAUUGGCUCGUGAUUAGAGCUGUGCUCAUCACUUCCUCACGUCAUCGAAUACUCCACUGGUUAUCAGCUUGGUUUACUCGACUAAUUUAAUGACACCAAAAUAUUUGCGGAAUAAAAGUAUCAACUUUGUACCCAUGUGUGUAGCUGGAUGGGAGGUGAUGGACAGAGCUUGGUGAUGUAAUUGGCAUCAUCAGCCACCGUCAUGCUGGGCAUGACAUGCAGGGGGUUUCCAACCUUCAGGAGGCAGAAAGUCGGGCCACCAUCUUAAGAGGCUUGAGUAAUCGAUCACGAAUUUUACAAUUUUUGCCGUUUGACUUAAUGAGUAAAUUGUUCCAGCUGUACUCAUCAUUUUAGAUUCUUUCAUUAAUUGUUAUCUUUAUUAAAUAGACAUGUAUGAUUUUACAACUUAAAAUGCAGUCUAAAUAUGACAAGCUGUUAAUGGGCUAAAUUAUAAUCUUAACGUGAAUCUGGUAAUGGGGUUUUGUUAGGAAAACGGAAACAUGGGGUACUCCACCUCUAAAUUAGUUUGUUAUUUUGAGACACAAUCAUCAGUGUUUUCUAAAUUCGUGAUUGUAUUGUAUCUAUAUGUUGAGAAGCUUAUUACCGUUUGUAUGAAUUAUGC